CAAUUGUCAAGACGUCAAAUCUCAGAUUCCGAUUUGGAUUCUGAAUUUCGGAUUUGAUGAAAAGUGGAACCUAGGAAGAUUUGAGUAAAAAUCCGAAUUAAUUUCAAGAUUGUGUGUAUUAAAUAACUAAAUAUAAAUUGCUGAUGAUAGAACUACAAUAAUAUGGCGUGGCUAGGAUCAACUGUACUGAAUUUAUUUUGGAAACCUAGUGUAAACAUUGUUAGAACACGAUAUCAUUCGGAAAAACACCGUGUCAUUAAAAGAUAUGGUUUUGAAGAACAGAUCUGGAAUGGUGGAUUACUUCCUCGGACUUUGGGGAAACCUCUGCCUAUUCCAGAGUACAGGCCAUCUAACCAAUGGACUGAGCGCAAAGCUUUGUUUGGUCAAAAUGAUUACAUUGAUAUCCUUGGCCCUGGAGACUUGCACCCUGUGAAGACACUGUACACAGUUCCAUCUUGGAUAAGAGGAGUGAAAGGCAAUGAGUACCAAAUCUUAUUGAGAAAAAGAAAAAUGUUGGGCCCGGCUGGUUUACCUCGAAUGAGACCUACUAAGUGGAAGGAUUUGGAAAGGAGAAUAUCUUUCUUAUACAGAAAACUUAACAGGAAAACGAAGACAGGCCCAUCUCCUAAUUAAAUUGAUAUAGUUUUUAUUUUAUAAAUAAGUAUAUUGUAGUGUUGUACAAAAUAGGAAUAAAAUGCUUUAAACUGUUAAAAUGUCUUGUGU